ACUGAAAUCUUAAGCUUAAUGUCAUACCCAAAACCAUCUUAAUAAAGAAAUGGGUUUGCAGUUUGAAGACAAAUAACAUGACCAACUGAGCUCUGACCAUCUCCUUUGAGACAGGCCCACCAACAGUGCUGGGCCUCACUAAUGCUCCUGAAGCUGAACAGGAGCAUACACACCUGCACCAGGUUCCAAAAUCUGGUAAAAUGUCUUCCAAAGAAGUGGAGGCUGCCACAAAAGGAGAUUUAUGUUUUUGUGUGUGAGUAAUUUUCAGAUGAAAGUGAUUUCUCCGACACCAAUUGAAUGCAGCACGUGUUGAGACAGUGGAGGCUGAGAACCAUCAGGAGCAGGAUGUGGAGCUAGCAGCUGGUCUGCGUCUUCAUCGUAGCAUCCCUCCGAAUGACAGAUUCAAUAAAACAUCCUAAGCAGAAAAUUAUAGAAGUGACAGGAAGGAAGGAUGGACUCCAUCUCUAUGAUGAGCAGUGGUAGGAGCCCUGUGUUCCUCACAGCCUCCUCCUCCUCCUCCCCCCAUCACCUCCACCACACCCAGGCCUGUUUUCUGCCAAAUGGCACAAAGAACGGCUUUGGAGAUGCAGGCACCUCCUGUCUGCCUACUCAGCCCACAGUGGCCAUCCUGGGCUCAGGCGACUUCUCUAAGUGCCUGACCAUCCGCCUGCUGCGCUGUGGCUUCCAUGUGGUGGUGGGCAGCCGCCAUCCCAAAUUUCCACACGUGGUGGAUGUGACGCACCACGAAGACGCUGUUGGGAAAGCCAGUGUGGUGUUCCUGGCUAUCCGCCGUGAGCACUACUCUGUCCUGUGGGACCUCAAACAUCUACUGGAAGGGAAGAUACUGGUGGAUGUGAGUAACAACAGGAGGAUAAACCAGUAUUCAGAAUCUAAUGCUGAGUAUCUGGCUUCGCUGCUGCCGGACUCUGUCGUGGUCAAAGGCUUCAACGUCAUCUCCGCCUGGGCCAUGCAGCAGAGAUGUUCCAAAGAUGGCAGCUCACAGGUGUUUAUCUGCAGCAACUCGGUGGAGGCUCGACGGCAGAUCAUGGAGUUAGCCCGCCAGAUUAACUUCCAGCCGGUAGAUAUGGGCACACUGUCUUCUUCGCGGGACAUUGAGAAUAUCCCCAUCCAGUUAUUUCCUGGCUGGAAGGGCCCGGUCCUGGCUGCUGUGGCCCUCUCCAUCUUCUUUUUCACUUACUCCUUUGUACGAGACAUCAUCCACCCAUAUGUAAAAUACAAACAGAGUGACUUCUACAAGAUCCCCAUAGAGAUGGUGAAUAGGACAUUGCCCACUGUUGCCAUCACUCUUUUGGCCCUGGUGUACCUGGCAGGCCAGCUGGCAGCUGCACACCAGUUAUACUAUGGUACAAAAUACAGGCAUUUCCCACACUGGCUAGAAGGUUGGCUGCAGAGCCGGAAACAGUUGGGCCUCCUCAGCUUCUUCCUGGCUGCUGUCCAUGUUGUCUACAGUCUCUGUCUGCCCAUGAGGAGGUCUGAGAGGUACCUGCUGCUCAACACUGCCUACCAGCAGGUCCAUACUAAUGUGGAGAAUGCGUGGAACGAGGAGGAGGUGUGGAGAGUGGAGAUGUACGUUUCCUUUGGGAUCAUGAGUCUUGGGCUUCUGUCACUCUUGGCCAUCACCUCUAUUCCCUCUGUCCACAGCACGCUCAACUGGAGGGAGUUCAGCUUCAUACAGUCCACUCUGGGAUACAUUGCCCUGCUCAUUGCCACCUUCCACGGCCUGCUGUUUGGCUGGAAGCGAGCCUUUGAGGAGGAGGCCUACCGUUUCUACCUGCCCCCCAGCUUCAUGGUGGCCCUUGCUUUGCCAGUGUGUGUUGUUCUGGGAAAGGUGCUGAUGCUGCUCCCUUGUGUUGCCCGCAAACUCCACCGGAUCCGCCGGGGCCUGGACUGCAGUCAGGGCCAGUGCCAGCGCCUGGAACCAGUGGGCUCGGCAGCCCUGGUUUCACCCGAGAGAGUCACCAUCAUGUGAUCACUACACAGAACUGUCUACACUCUUAUUGAGAUUUCUACAUAUACUGUCAAAGUUGGCUGUUUUAUUCAAGCAACUCGGUUUACACUAUUUACUCAUGUACUGUAGUUUUCACUGGAAGGGAAUAUUAUUCUUACUUUGUUACUGUGAACGGUUUUUGACGUGAAUGGUAUGCAACAUACUCAAGACUAAUCAUUUUAACUACUGACUUUGUGCCAGUAUGCGCUAAGUACUUUGCCAGUGUUUCACCAAUGCUUUGUUUGUUUGUUCUAGCAGACAUUACACUGAGAUACUGAGUGUUGCUCAUUACUUUAGGGAAACGCCAACAAUUUUACACAUAGAGGUCAUUUUCUUAGUUCUGCUGAGCCUGUGAAAACAGUUGUAUAAUGUCUUCAGUGUCUCUGGAGCAGCUUUGUCAAGUCUGAGAAAAUAUGAUGAUAUAGUGAUGUCAAGUAGGGUGGAGACUACAGAUUUCUAACAGAAAGCCUGUAUUUUAAACUCGUGCAUGGAUUUAAAGGAUGUAGGUGUUUACAGCAUUAAUAUGGCCUAAUCAAACGAAGAAAUUGUGUGGUUGGAACAUGUUGCUAGUUACUACUGUCUCCUUCAGUGCUUGAAAUUGUUCUCAUUUUCUGUGUCAAACUGCAAAUUGUCAAGAAAUGUUUUGAGGUCAGCUAUUUACUGAUUCUGAAAUAUCACUAUGCUGUUAUUUGUUCUGUCCCUUAUAACUGUAUUACUGUACCACUGAAUAUUGUGCCAAUCUGUCAUGCUCUAACCAGUGAGAUUCAUGGCUUUGAUUAAUAUUUUGGAACCAGGACCUGAUCCAGUAUUUGGAGCAAGAAGCUCCUGAAAAAUACAGUGUGAUGGAUUCAUUUCAAUUUGUCACGUAUUUAAUGAACAUUUACUGUAGGCAAAAAAAAUGAUUGGAUCUGAACUUAUAUACAUAAUUUUUUCUGUUAUCAUGUUCAGUUCAGGAUAUAUGAUGAAAAAUACAUAAUUUGAUUAUGGCAGAAAGUAAAAUGGCCGCCAAGGCUGCCAUGAAGAGUUUUUGCGAUGACUCCAUUUCUGAAAAUGUUCAAGGCCACAAAAUGUACAACAUUACCAAGUUUCAUGCCUUUAUGAAAAAGUGAACAUAUCACCCGGACUAUAAUAAAAUUGUUGUACGUU